AUUCGGAGCUGUCAUCAUUCCGACAUCACAUAGACGAGUUUCCUCUUUCAAUCCUCUGGUUUUUCGGGUUGUUUGGAUGCUGAGCUCUGCAGAUACAACAAGUGCGCACAGUCUGGAGCAUUUUCUGUGGGGAGGAAGUGAUAGACACCAUGCGAUUGUUUCCGGUUUCAUCCAGCUCAGAUAGUUCACCCACCGGGCAAAGCAGCUCGGGGAGAAGUCGGGCAUUGGUGUACCUGAAUGUAUAUGAUCUCACUCAUAUAAACAGCUAUCUUUACUGGUUCGGAUGUGGAAUUUUUCAUUCUGGUAUUGAAGUAGCACAUGGUCUGGAAUAUGGAUUUGGAGCUCAUGAGUACCCAUCCAGUGGAGUGUUUGAGGUUGAACCUAGAAGCUGCCCAGGUUUUAUCUUUAGACGCUCAAUCCUUUUGGGAAGCACUGAGCUGUCUCGGUCGGAAUUUCGGUCAUUCAUGGAGUAUCUUUCCAACAAAUAUCAUGGGGACACAUACAAUUUGAUUUCUAAGAAUUGCAAUCAUUUCACUGAUGAAGUUUCUAUGCGUCUUACUGGCAAACCCAUACCUGGGUGGGUGAAUCGGUUGGCUCGACUAGGUUCUUUUUGUAAUUGUCUGUUGCCUGAAAGGAUCCAGUCUACGUCAAUCUCACGUGUUCCUGAUUUUGAAAUCUAUUCAGAAGAUGGAAUUGAUUCUGGCGGGUCAUCUGCAACAGAAGAGAGUGAAGAGGAGGAUCUAAGUCAUCAUCUCUUUAGCACACCAGAUGGUGAUGUGGAAGUUUUGCAAGACAGACCAGUAAGGCUAGCGAAAGAUAUUCUUUGAUUUAUAUUUUUCUCUCUAAAAUUUCUUAAUUAUGAACGUGUUGUCUUGUUUGUACAAGUAGUGUGUAAAUCUCCUUUGUAUUUCGCCAAACAGUGUAGUAUCAAUCAAUCUAUUCGAGUGUCUUUGUUCUUGAUAUUU